UCUCGGGUCAGAAGGUCAUCAACAGUGAGUCGACUCGUCCAACUCUUUCUCUCUCUGACUUCAUCUUCUCCUUCCUUCAGAAUUCCCAAAUCCUCUCGUUUCUAGGGUUUCGAUCUCUCCGAAAUGAGGAUUCUUCUUCUCCUAUAACCUCACGUUGACCCCUAAAUCCAUCGUCUGCGUCUUUCAUCGGAGCGGGAGAGGGGACAAGUCGCGACGACGACAAAUGUCAGUCUCCGAGCUCAAGGAUCGCCACGCCGCCGCAACGGAGACCGUCAACAACCUCCGCGAGCGGCUCCGACAGAAGCGUCUCCAGCUGCUCGACACCGAUGUGGCGGGUUAUUCGGCUGCGCAGGGGCGGACUCCGGUGACUUUCGGACCGACGGAUCUGGUUUGCUGUCGGACUCUCCAGGGUCACACGGGCAAGGUAUAUUCGCUAGAUUGGACCCCAGAGAGGAAUAGGAUUGUCAGUGCAUCUCAAGAUGGAAGGUUAAUUGUGUGGAAUGCAUUAACGAGUCAGAAAACUCAUGCCAUUAAACUUCCUUGUGCCUGGGUUAUGACUUGUGCUUUCUCUUCGACUGGUCAGUCGGUUGCAUGUGGUGGACUUGAUAGUGUAUGUUCUAUAUUUAAUCUCAAUUCAACCACAGACAAGGACGGAAAUCUACCAGUUUCAAGAAUGCUUAGUGGUCACAGGGGAUAUGUUUCAUGCUGUCAGUAUAUCCCAAAUGAAGAUACUCAUUUAAUCACCAGUUCAGGUGAUCAAACAUGUGUCUUAUGGGAUAUAACUACUGGCCUAAAAACUUCUGUUUUUGGUGGGGAAUUUCAGUCUGGGCAUACUGCUGAUGUACUAAGUGUCUCCAUCAGUGGGUCAAACCCGAGAAUGUUUGUGUCUGGUUCAUGUGAUGCCACUGCCCGCUUGUGGGACACUCGCGUUGCAAGCCGAGCGGUCCGUACGUUUCAUGGGCAUGAAGGAGAUGUCAGUACUGUAAAGUUCUUUCCAGAUGGUAAUAGAUUUGGGACAGGCUCAGAAGAUGGAACUUGCAGGUUGUAUGACAUUAGAACCGGACACCAACUACAGGUAUACUGUCAGCCGCGCGGUGAUGAUGAGGCUCAACAUGUGACAUCCAUCUCAUUCUCGGUAUCAGGAAGACUUCUGUUUGCCGGUUACACUAAUGGCUCCUGCUAUGUAUGGGAUACUCUUUUGGCAAGGGUGGUUCUGGAUUUGGGGUCACUGCAGAACUCGCAUGAGAGUCGGAUAAGCUGUUUGGGUUUGUCAGCAGAUGGAAGUGCCUUGUGUACAGGAAGUUGGGAUACAAACCUAAAGAUUUGGGCAUUUGGAGGGCACAGAAGAGUAAUAUGAACACUGACAGAGAGGCGAAGUUAAAAGUUGUAUCCUCAGUUCUCAAAGCCCCCCAUUGUGUUGCCUAUACAAGUCUCUACCUACUUCCCUUCCCUCCAAGGUUUUGUUUUGUAAUGUUGUGCAAAAAAAAAAAAAAAAGGUUUUGCUUGAGAUCGUUUUGACUGAUACAAGGAUCAAUUUUUCGUCUUUUGUUGUCCCUACGUGUUUUCAAGUGUUGUUGAUUUGUUUAGUCUUCACGUUUGACUGAUGGCCAUGUUUAAUCC